UUAAGUGGUGUCUUUUAUUUUUGGCUGUAAGGUUCUAUUUGACACUUGUCUUAUUUUAUGUUGUGUUUCAGAUAUUGUCAUGCCUAAAAAAAAGGGAAGAGGACAGACAAGAGGGCUGAGUCUUCAAAGGAAGCGUCGUCAGAGUGCAGACGGAAAGUUGGAUGUCAUCAUUCAUCCUACGAAGCUGGUGGCAGUAGGUCCAGGCCGCAGUGAUUUCAUUACUGAUCUUUCUCUUAUUGUUCGCCAGAAUGCCCGUCUUAAUGUGCGCCAGUGGAAGAAGGUUCCACAAAGUACUAGGGAUACAAUAGUGGAAAAAAUUCUGAACAAUUGGAGACUUCCUGAUACAGAUGUGGUGAGGAAGGCUAUUCUGAAUGAAGCAGGCCGUUUAUAUCAGAAUUGGCGCAGCAGGCUUCAUGAUUAUUACUUAAAGUUUGAAACAAAGGAAGAGGCCUUGAAGCAUGUCCCUGAUGAUAUUAAUAAUUCUGAUUGGCAAUUCUUAGUUGAUUAUUUUACCAGCCCUUAUUUUGAGAUAAUGAGUGCAAUAAACAAGGCAAAUAAGGCAAAACAUCUGCUGAAACAUACUGCAGGGUCAAAAUCCUUUCUAGCAGUUAGCUAUGAUGCACGUGACCCAAUGACUGGAAAGGAGCCCAAUUCGCAGACUUUUUGGCAGAUGACACACAAAAGGGCAAAUGGGGAAUGGAUUGACGAAGCAUCGAAGGAAGUCAAUGACAAAGUUGCUGAACAAAUUAAUGAGAAGAGAUGUCAGAUAGAAGAUUCCCAGGAAGUGGUGGAAACAAGUGAACAAGAAAUUAUUAAUACUGCCUUCAAGACAGUGGUUGGGAAGAAAUCAUAUAUGCAAGGUUUUGGAGAAGGACUAAGGUCAUCAUCAUCAUCAUCAUCAAACUCCAAUACAAUUCAACAGCUGCAAGCUGAAUUAGAUGCCCAAAAGAGAGAGACAGAGAAUGCGAAGAAAGAAUGCAAUGAAAUAAGAGCUAGACUUGUUGAGGUUAAGUCUCAUCUAGAGGAGGAGAGGCUGAAAUGCAAGGAGAUAGAGGCUCGUCUUUUGGAUCGUCAAAAUGAGAUGCAAGAGAUCAACUGUCAGGUUCAAGCCGCCAUCCAGGCUGCAUUAUCUCAGUAUCUACCUCCAAAAACCGAAGCAGAGACCUCAUCAAAACAUAGAAGAAAGAUUGCAGAACUUGAAGCACAACUCCAUGAGGCAGAGGAUGUGAUAACAGAUAUUAGAUCAGAAUUAAUUAAAUAUCGCAUGGAUUAGGAAAGUGAAGUAUGCAAUUACAAACUUUUUAGUGCAUAAUAUAUUACAAUUUUAGUAGUAUUUUUUGGACAUUCGAGUAGAUGAUCAGCUAUUGCCAAUUGUUAAACAAAUUAUUUA